AUAAAUUUUUGUAUAAAUACAAGACAAUCGAGUGCAGCAGAAUGCAUUUUUUCAAUAACCACAAAACAUGCAACAAACAAUAGCGUUCGUAUUGGUUUUAUUGCAAUUUGCUUUCAAUGCUGAUGGAGCAUUGAAAAACAAUGGGCAAUUCCCUCGGAAUUUCCUAUUCGGAGCGGCCACGGCUUCCUACCAAAUAGAAGGCGCUUGGAACGAAGACGGGAAAGGCCAGAGUACUUGGGAUGAAUUCACUCACAGAAUCCCAUCACCUGUAACCAACAACGACACAGGAGACAUCGCUUGCGAUCAUUACCACAGAUACAAAGAAGACAUCAAAAUGGCCGCCGAUCUCGGCUUACAAGCCUACAGGUUCUCCAUUUCCUGGCCAAGGGUUCUACCGAACGGUUACGCUGACACAAUAAACGAGAAAGGGAUGCAGUUCUACAAAGACCUCGUCGACGAAAUCGUCAAGUACGGAAUGGUGCCGGUGUGCACGCUCUUCCAUUGGGAUUUGCCGUUGAAACUGUACGAAAACGGCAUCGACUGGAGAAACGAAAAAAUCAUCGACAUCUUCGUCGCCUACAGCAGACUGAUGAUACAAAACCUGCCGAAGGUGGGCUACUGGUCCACCAUCAACGAGCCCAGGGUGCAUUGUUUGAGAUCGUACGGUGAUGGAAAACACGCUCCGGGCAUUGCCGAAUCCGGAAUUGCGGAUUACCAAUGCAGUUACGUUAUACUCAAAGCGCACGCCAAAGCUUAUCGCAUGUACAAGAAGGAAUUCCCCCAUUACAAAGCACCUUUUGGUAUCGUAAUUGAUUGUCAAUGGUAUGUACCAGCCACUAAUUCAUCCGAAGACAUAGCCGCUGCGGAAAGAUACUACGAAUUCGAGUGCGGAAUGUACUUCCAUCCGAUCAGCAAGGGCGAUUGGCCCGAUAUAGUGAAGAAGAGGAUAGCCCAUAGGAGUCAACUGGAAGGGCGCAGCAGUUCUCGGCUUCCCCAAAUAACACCCGAAGAUAUCAGGCUCAUGAAAGGGGCUCAGGAUUAUAUAGCGAUCAAUCAUUACUUCACCAUUAUGGCAGCGAACGCCGAAGAAGCUUCGUAUGAUGAAAUUAACUACAAACAUGAUGUUAGAGUAAAUCUUUUGAACGAUCCUUCUUGGAAAAUUAGCGUACUUGGUUGGGCAAUUUGUCCUUUUGGAGUAAGAGAAUUACUGAAACACCUUAAAGAGCAAUACGGAAACGAGCCAAUUAUAUUCGCAGAAAUAGGAGUUGCUGAUGAUGGUACCAGUUUGAAGGACGACAUAAGGACUGAAUACUAUCAAGGGUACUUCUGCUACAUUUUAGAAGCUAUGCAGAUAGAUGAUGUGAACGUUGUGGCGAUAAUACCAUGGAGCUUGAUGGAUAAUUUGGAAUGGGCCAAAGGUUAUAUUUACCAUUUCGGACUUAUCGGAAUAGACUUUUACAAUGAUCCAACGUUAACAAGAAGACUUAAGGAUUCUACAUAUUUCUACAGAAAUGUCACCACUACUAAGCGUAUAAAUUGCGACAACGUGAAGUAAACAUGGAUCAGUGGACCUGCAAUUUGUACCUCUACAAAACGAACUGUAUAUCAUAAUUAAUUAACGUAAUCUUUAUUUAUAGGAAAUAGUGCAUAAUGAAAAAAGUACAUACGGAUGUGUAGGUAGAUAUUUCUUAAAUGUUGUAAUAUUAAUAAAUUUUCUGGUAUAAAAAUAA